UUGAACCCGCGAUGGAGCGCAGUUCCCCGGCUCCAGGAGAGGACUCGAUACCCUGCCUGUCUGCGUGGACCGGUGACGGCGGCACAUAGGGAGACAGGCUGGCUGGUCAAAGAAACCAUUUGGAUGAACCAUGUGCCUGCUCGGCGACUCGUGCUUUCCGGCUGAGCGGUGAGAAGUGACGCGAGGACCGCCGACAACAGUGUGGCAGACAGGUGCAACUCCGCGGUUUCCUUCUCUCUCGCCGCCCCGAACAGGAGCCAUGGAUUCCCGCAAGUCGAAGAAACAGGCGAUGAAACCGAAAAAGCGCAAGGAAAAGAAAUAUAAGAGCGGGAGGUUCAUGAGAAGGAAAUCCUUGCGAUCUUUUGGGGAUUUCAUGGGAAGGAUACUCAAAACUUUGGGUACUUUGGCUCACUUUCGCGAAGGCAGACCGCCGGAUGUGGAGGACGACGACGGCGGGUUCGGCCAGAGCGACACCGGCGGAUUCAAAGAUGAGGCGCCCGGGAAGAAAAGCUCCAUUGUGUCGUCCCAGGGGUUGGUGAAAGAGCGACUGUCCGGGUGUUACGGCGACAAAACCCCCGGGGUUCUGGGGCUGAAGAACCACGGGAACACCUGCUUCAUGAACGCCGUGGUUCAGUGUCUCAGCAACACCGACCUGCUGGCCGAGUAUCUGGGCCUGGAGCGGUAUCGCACGGAUGUCUAUCAUCGCAAGGUGAACGGUGAUUCUGCGGACGAGGAGCAGCAGACCACCCGGGGAGAGGUGACGGAGCAACUGGCCUCUCUGGUCCGAGCGCUGUGGACGCUGGAGUACACGCCGCAGCUGUCAGUGGAGUUCAAGAGUACGGUGGCCAAGCAUGCGUCACAGUUCCGGGGGAACUCGCAACAUGAUGCCCUGGAGUUUCUCCUUUGGUUGUUGGACAGAGUUCAUGAAGAUGCCAACAACACCAGUAGCAGCAACACCAAAGCCAAAGUUAAGGGGUCUAAUCCAGUGGACACUGACUCCAGUCCCAGAUCAGCCAGCGCUCAUCAGCCCAAGAGCCGCCAUAGUUUUGUCCAAGAGCACUUCCAGGCUCAGUACAGGUCUUCUCUCACAUGCCCUCAUUGCCUUAAACAGAGCAACACGUUUGACCCAUUUUUAUGCAUCUCUCUGCCGAUUCCUCUGCGACAAACCAGGCCACUGUGUGUGACCCUGGUGUUCAGUACCAAGGGCCAGAGGUACCUUCGUGUUGGACUGGCCAUACCUCUUUUUGGACCCAUGUCAACUCUGAGGGCAAUGGUGGCAGAAGAGGGCAGCAUUUCUCCUGAACAGGUCAUCCUUUCGGAGUUGUACUCCACAGGUUUUCAGCGAUCCUUUUCAGACGACGACGAUUUAACUUCGGUUUCGGAUACUGACGUCAUAUAUGCCUUUCAGGCACCUCCCCUUUAUAGUCGUGGAGGCUCAUCCACAAACUCAGGGUUUCACCACAGCCUCCCGUCCUCCCCCUACCAUGCCAAAGGUCCUGAUGGUCAGAGGUUACCAUCAUUAAGCACAGUGUCCUCUGAAUACCUGAACCAUGGUGGCUCUUCUAAAGUCCUGCUCCUGAUCUGCAACACCGCAGGAUCUGGGCAGCAGGCUGUACGAUUUGGACCUCCAUUUCUUAUGUGGGAGGACAGGGGCAUCUCAUGGGACCAGCUUCAUCAAAGCAUCCUGAGCAAGCUGUAUUACUUGAUGGUGAAUGGAUCCCAAGCGCAGAUUUUCGGCCAGAUGUUUAAGAUCAGAGUGGUGGGAGGUUCAGCAGCCUACAGCUACUUGUCGUCGCAGGACAGCAGGCCUCUGUACCACCCUGCCUUUGACAGAGCCCUGAAGCUGUGCGGCCCUGGUGGACCUGCACAUGUGAAGGUGGUCAUUGAGUGGGACCACACAAUGAAGGAACGGCUAUUCGGCACCAUCCAAGAGGAGGUGGUGAAGGAUGCAGAGAGCGUGAGAAACCAGCAGCAGCAGCACAUGCAGCAGCACACUUGCACCUUGGAUCAGUGUAUUCAAUUGUACACCAAAGAAGAACAGCUGGCUCCUGAUGAUGCGUGGAAGUGCCCCCAUUGUAAGAAGUUGCAGCAGGGCAUGGUGAAGAUGAGCCUUUGGACCCUGCCUGACAUCCUCAUCCUCCAUCUCAAGCGCUUCAGACAGGUCGGGGAGAAGAGGAACAAACUGUCAACACUGGUACACUUCCCUCUUACAACUUUGGACAUGGCUCCCCAUGUGGUGAAGAGGAGUCAGAGCAUGAAGAACUUGAACCCCGGAGCCUGGCCGCAGUCCGGUUCACAUCCGCAACCUUCUGACCUGAACCUCCCACACGACUACCAGUACGACCUCUAUGCUGUGUGCAACCAUCACGGAGGAAUGCAUGGAGGACAUUACACAGCAUACUGCAGGAACUCAGUGGACGGCCAGUGGUACAGCUACGACGACAGCAGUGUUGACCUUGUUCCAGAGGAGGAAGUGUGUACCAGAGGAGCCUACAUUCUCUUCUACCAGAGACGGAACAUCAUCCCUGAAUGGUCAGCAAACUUUUCCCUACGAGGCUCCACAAGAUCAUCGAUGUCAGACCACUGGCUGAUCAGACUGACAGGAGACAGUGAGAGAGGCAGCAUGGUGUCACGCUCCUCCACAGCCUGUCCAUCUUUUCAGCCCGAGCCUUCGGACGCCCUGGACAAUGAGCCAAAGGAAGCCAAACGUGCAGCGGAGAGCAGACCCUUUGUGCGAGGUCAAAAAGGUCGGAGCAUGAGCAUGAGAGCCCCGACAAAAACCAAGGACACCUUGAGCAAGGUGCUCCCUGUUCGCUGGUCAUUAGGCUCCAAAGAAAGACGAAAACCUGAGUCCGUGCCCACACGAGACCUGGAUCCGGACCCGGCUGAGUUGGUGCAAUACUUGGAGUCUGGUCGACGGCCGCGCUGCACCAAGGAUUCCAUUGUAACGCUCAUGAAUGAACCCAAAGGGGAGCCAGUCCAGGGCCAAGCCGGUGGCAAUGUUCGGUCGCUGAGUGUUGGGAGUAUAAGCCAUGCGGCCAAUGGAGGGAGUCAGCGCCGGGCGGAGUCUGGGCAGGUACCUGAGGGCCAGAGCAGACCGUCAGAUAAAGUGGGAAGCACAAGGCGCAGCAAAGGAAGUCAACGGGUCGACGACGGGCUCUCGAAUGUGACCGGCAGCUCCAGCAGCAGCAGCGGCCUCAACAGAAAGAAGCAGAGACUUCCCAGUGCUGGAGUGCAGACCAGCCACAGCUCUCCCACCAUCCAUGAAGGAACCCUGAGAAGACGUGGAGACAGUUCAGUCGGAGAGAACCAACCAACCUCGAAGCCCAAAAGCCACGAAGGUCUGCUGUCUUUUUUCAAAGGAAAUUUCCUGAAAAAAGACAAGGAGCAAAGGAGGCCGAGUGAAACGGGGAGAACGGAAAAUGGGGAGGCGAGCAAAGUGACGUCUUCUAGAGCGUCAUUGUCCAACGGAGCCGUCGGAAACAGAAGUGAGCGACGCAACGGCUCGGGUCAUGCGCGCACUGAACUGGUCAACGGACAGCUGGGGCAGACGACGCUGGAUAUCAAGCGAUCUCAGAGCUCCAUUAGCCUCCCAACCAAAACAGAGUCGGCCAUGCGUCGAACCGGCUCCUUGCAUCGUAAUGGAAAGUCUGGCGGCCCAGCACGCAGCCUGACCACAGACAAGCCGUCCUACAGCACGCUGCAGAGGACACGUUACAGCACCACCUCGCUGGGUCGGAAAAAAGUCGUGCCAGAAUCCAGCUUUUGAAGGACUCACAGGGGCGUUCAAGUGUUUGAACGGAAGUUCUUGAAGGUGAAAAGCAAAUGAAGGAUGUGCGUCAAAACUACUGUUUGGUUCUCGCGCUCUCUCACCAAGUGCCUGAGCAACUACUAUGCAUUUGUGGUGAAGACUUUAUGUGCAGUGGCAGUGACACACACACACACACACACACACACAAACAAGCACACACACCGUUCAAGUGUCUUAGUGAGAUGAAUCGAUGCUGCUAAUGACACUUUUGAUUGUCUUCUUUGACCUCACCACCCUCUGGUUAUGAGCUUUGUGACUGAAAGAACGAGAUGGUGGAUACAAGCUGGCGUAAUGAGUUUUACUGCGCUUAUCCCCAUGAAGCCAAGACGCUGGAGGAACACAGCACUGUGUUAAGGGAAGGUCUGGGACUCCAGGCCAGAUGGUGAAUUUACUCCAAAUGACAUUACAUUUGUGUCUUAAAAUGUAAUGAGAAUUAAUGUGUCUUUUUCGUUGACAUGUCCAACUCGAGGCUUCAGGGCCCAAAUCCGGUACACCAAGCUUUUUCGUGUGACCUGUGAGAGCUUGAAAUACUAAUUGAAAACUUAGAAAUUUGACAUAUUGUCACUCCUAAGGCGUCAAAUAGCAACUAUUUGGUAGUGGACUUUUUGCUAUGUUGAAGCCAAAGUCAACCUCCUGCGAUGCGUGCUAAGGUGUUUCAAUGGAGUCGAGUCCUUCCGCUCCCAAUAGCCAAAGGGAUUGAGCUUAGGGGUCACGGGGGGAAGCUGAGAGACUCUGUCACUUGGUACUUAUAGCACCAUAUGUGGCGCUCAGCUUACCCUAACCACAACCUCCAUCUUUCUUUUUCAUGGUGUGCAGCCAGGAUAUGCCACCAAAGGGAAAAUAUGCCACAAUUGAAAGCUGUGGGACGCAGUAGUCCACUCGCAAUUCGUCGCUGUUUGCCACAUUAAAAGUGAGAAUGUGUUGGUUUUGGUCAAAAGCGGAUGUAUUAUUGUUCUCCAAAGAGUCUGACGUCAUGAGUCAGUUUUCUUUUAUGGCACACAAGCGAUGAUAAAAGGGAAUCUGAUGUCAGAUUCUGCUGCUGGAGUUGCCAGUCCAGGGCGGCUCGAUGAAUGUUCAUUUUUUCAGUCCCUCAGCUCAAACACUUUAGAAUCUUGGCUCCUUGUGUGAGUGUGUGACAACCCUGCUUCACCACUUCAGCGCCAAACCGAUCACAGGAAGACGCCGGACUCAAAUAUUUUGAUUUGAGAUUUACUGCAGAGGUGCAAUCCUUGUCUCUUCUUUUAACUGCUGGGCGUCAUUUGUGCCUUUCAAAGGCUUGGUGGGGUGGUCCCGCAGGCGUGGGAGUGGAAAACACUAUCAAGACAUCGAAAGUAUUAAAUGAACAUCUGAAUUUUCUUCUGCGCUUUCUGUCCUGGCCACACACUGUUUACUGAACCCUUUUUAAUGAAGCUUUUUUUUUUUUUUUUUAAUCUAUGCCAGUUUUGUACAUUUUCUACAGAAUGUGUGUUUAAUAUUGUUCUGUAUGUGGGUGUACAUCACAGAAAAAGAACAAAUCAGUAUGAGGUGACAUGGGUCUACUCCCAUCAGACGUCAGUGUCUUGAGAGACAGUUUAUCAAAAGAUUAAUAAAAGAUUAUAUUUAUGACUUACCCUCGCUGCUGUUCUUCCUGGAUUACAGUUUCU